AUGAGCCAAUUCCCGCGAACUCAUAUCUUUAGAAAUCUCCAACGUUCGGACGUUCGAGUCAAAAUGAGUUCGAAUCCACAAGAAUAUGUUGCUCCUGGAACGAAGGAAUCUUGCGAUUUCGACAGCAGUGAGCACAACUUCAAAUGUGAGACCACGAAUUCAACGACUAUGACCACGGUGUGCAGAGUGGAUCGUUCGCGCAGCAGUUCAGGAAACUCUAUUGCCAGUUCAGAAGGCAAUAGAGUGAGUUCUUUUGCCAGCCUCUAA